AUGUCAGAUAUCACACUCUCCUACUCCGACGGACAGCCAUCCACGACCGGCAUUGAGGCUGUCAACGAGGUACUACGCGCUGUAGGCGUCCACAUCAGCCAGCCUCCUGUUCCCGCCGAGGCUCGUCCGAUCCUAGAAGCGUCUAAGACCCGGGCGCUCUCAGAGGACGAGCAGGCCGAGCUGCUUUCAAUGUUUAGCCUAAGCCGCAGCGACCUACUAGCGCACAUCCAGCUUUCCGGCCGCACGCCCGAGGUGCAUGACGGCGGCCUCGAUACCUCCGAGCACGGGGUCGCUCCGUACCCAAAGGUCUAUGCGCGUGGCCAUGCCGUUUGA